UCACAAUAAUACCAACAACCCAACACUCAAAACCACACACAACCUUUUGAGCUACUUAAAAGCUAAAUUGGACAACAAAAUCAUCUUCAUUUGAAAUUUCUUUACAUGAUUCUUCCAGUAGGCAUGCUAUUAAUGAUCCGCUCAAUCUUGAACGGACCAGAGUUUAUUUAGUCUGUCUGUAGCGUCACCAAUAUGACGUCCGCGCGGAUAUGAGUUCUUCUUCAUAAAAAGAGGAGUAGUCUUUUAUUUAACAAUAAUUGAUCCACACACUCAAAAUGGACUCACUUCCUAAAUAUGAUCAAACAUUCAUGGGGAAUUCUAUGGUGCAGUCACUGCACUAGUACCGCCACUUUAUUGUAACCGGUUGAGUUGGUGAUUUAUUGGUUGACUCCGGUUUAGUAAUUUAAUUAAUAAAACAUAAAAAAAACAAAAAGAAACAAAAGGCAAAAGGCAGGACAGUCGUUCCCUUCCAUGUCUUUCCAUUGUAAAUCAAGGAAACCCUUUCGUCGCGGCACUCCACCACCACGUUGUUUUCGUCGAUCGACCUCACCAGCAAAAUCCCAACUUCGUCUGGCAAAAUCAGCUGCGUCAUCAGCCCCGUACUACCACCAAAUGCAAGCUCUGGUCACAUCCCUAGAUAUGGUCGCCGGCAACGGCGUAGCUAAAUCGUACACAGCUCUCGCGUUGCAGACGAUCUCUCGGCGGUUUCGCAGCCUCCGGGAUGCAAUCGGCAGCCAAUUAGACGCAAUCAGGAGGAAGCUAGGCGAGCCAGAAGCAGCAUCCCGCUGCAUCCAGCGUCUUCGGUAUGUGGAGCAGCAGCUCAGGCAGCAGCGAGCGCUUCAGCAGCUCGGCGUCAUGCGCCGCGCUUGGAGGCCUCAGAAGGGCCUUCCCGAAAACUCCGUCACAGUUCUCAGCAUCGUUUCUGCCGCGUGAAUCCAUAAUCACCAUCGCCAUUGCGGCCGAUCGACCAUAACCACCCACAUCCCGAAUCCCCGGCAAUCAAUGUCAACACCGUCGUCAACCCAGUUGCCGCAGCCAGGUCACGUCUCUGUUGUGCCAAUAAACCACCAUUGUCGCUGGUCGGCCAUCACUACCCAAAUCCCGACACCCUCGAAAUCGUCAUAGUCGUCAAGGCUCCUCCCCUCUCGUUUUAAUCACCGCCGAUUCAAUUUCCCCAUCCAUGGUUACACAAUUCCUGAACCACCUUCCGUCCGUCAUCGAAAUCGUCUGGCUGCCCUGUCAAUCCCAACAACGUCCCUACCGAUCAGUAAGAGACAUAUAUUAUUUAUAAAAAAGAUUUAAUUAUAAAUAGGUUCAACCAAAGGUUCAACAAAAUCUGGUUAAGUGA